CUUCUUUUGGAACUCAGAUGCGCGUCAUAGUACGCCCCUGAACUGCUGUCUUUGUAGGCAGCCGACUAGGUUUUAACACACAGCCAUUUCAGAAAGCGUCUCUGGCACGUGGGCUUUAUGCGAUCUAACAGUACGAGCUGAGGCGCUCACUCCGCGUGUUACAGGCGUCUGCUCUCGCAUGCCACAACAACCAUCAGCCUUUCAAACCUACAUUUCCAUCCAAACUCCACGGACAACAGCAGGCAGUCAUGACUAUAGACGCGCCCGUUAUUUUGUCCGCACUUUUCUUUACGAUUAUUGCCAUUAUAGUUGCAUCGGCGCUCCUGGCGAAGAAACCUGCGCAAAAGAAAGAACAGAAACAGAAACAUCACGAGGAGAGAUCAGAGCGGGUUGCUGAAUAUCGCCAGCCCAGAGUAGAGCAAUCAGCUCCAGCUCCAGCUCCAGUACAGGAGGAGGUGAUCAUUGAAAAGAAAAGUGAAGAAGCCGUUCCUGUCGUAGAAACCGAAGUCUUCCCGGUACAACAAACACCUGUACAGGCAGAGGUAAAGGCUGAAGAGGAGAUAGCUGUUGAGCUGAAAAAGGAAGAGCUUGCUGCAGUCGCGCCUGUAAUUGAGGAAGUUGGUGUUGUAGAAGAACAGCCCGCAGUUGAACCUGAGGUCAUCCCUGUGCAAGAAACACCUGUCCAGGCAGCUCCAGAGCCUGAGCCCAAGCCCGUACCUGAAGAAGUCGUACCAUCUGCACCUGUGGAAGAGCCCGUUCCUGUGCCAGAGCCAGUGCCUGAGCAAGUACCCAACUCGUCACCAGAACCAGUGGCUACACCAGUAGAAGAGCCAGUGCCUGAACCAGUGAAUAAGCCUGUCCCAGAACCAGUGCCUGAACUAGUCCCAGAGGUGCCUAUCCAUGAAACAACAUCUGUGCCCACCCCAGAACCAGUUUCUGUACCAACCCCCGAAGCAGCGCCUGUGCCCGUCCCUGAGACCUCACCAGCAGCUGAAUCCCUUCCAGAAGUCCUAGAGAAUACUGAUGUUGCAGCUGCUUUAGUGACGGAUGAGGUCGAGACCUCUGCAGUCCUGCCCGGUAAUAAGAGGACCACCAAGUUUGAGAAGAGAAUGACCACGGAGGAGAUGGAAGAGGAGCAGAGAGAUGCUGAGUAAGCAGAAGUCGAAGCAUGUGCUCCCUAUAAUGAACCAUGAGGACCUUUGAGUGACUUCUCUGUUUGACUGUCUCUGAAAUGUGUAGAAAUGGAAACUUACCAUUGUGCUUUUAGUCUUUUUCCCCCUUUGUUUUCUGCCUGUGAAUACCUUCUUAAAGCAAAACGCCAAAGAACAUAAGAUUAUAUAUAUAUAUUUACACUUAGGUACAGCUAGAUACAACUAUGGCCCAUAGACUAUGACGUGUCUAUUAAAACAGUAAUGAUGUAUUUAAUCUAACACUGAGCUCGAUUUAAUGAUCACUGUGAGGUUACAGUUUACAUUAAGUUCAUUUAGUUUACGAUUUGGAAACUCUUUUGUAAAGAAAGGGAGGGAUAAUGGUGAACCAGUGAUUCUGUUUUCUUAAAUUGGAUUUUUUUUUAUAUAUAUAUAUGACAUGAAAUAAUCUUGUGCCUUUGUUGAGCAUCAUGUGUUCUUUAGUCAGCCAAUCAGCAUUCAGUCUCAUAGUCUGCCUGUCCUGCUCUUCUGAAAUACCAUCGCGCCCCCUUGAGGACACACACAGCUGUGACCAUCACAGGCUAAUGGGAAAGUGCUUGCACUGCAGAGUCAGACAUGUUUAUGAUGAAAUGUAGAAACCAUGUGGGUUUUGUUGUUGUUUUUGGAUGCUAUGUUAAAAAAAAAAAAAUAGGUGAAUCUCAUCAAACAUUUUAUGAGUGACAUUUCAUGCCAUAAUCGGAAGAGAAUGUAAAGUUAUAAUUUGCAUAAAGAAAAAUAAAGCCUAUUUUUAGAACCAUUAUGAUUUUUUCUUGCGUUCUGAAAAAGUAAUAUUUUACUGUCAUAAAUAUUGUGGUAAACGUAAUUAUUGGUGAUGCAACAAAUGCUACCACGUGUGAAUGCAUGCUUUUUUUUUUCUGCAUUAUUUUAAAGAGAAUAUCAUUUUGAUUUUGCAGUGAAAUGUGACUGAUAGGGUUUCGUGAGAUUCACCCUAAUGGCUCUUGUAAUAUCAAUAAAGAGACAAAUUUGA